AUGUUCCAAAAUACAUUCGGGCCAAAUGCAAGCAAUACAGGUAAUCAACACAGUAGUUCGAAUAUAACACCUUCAGGUUCGAACUGGACCCAAAAUAAUGGAGUUCUCGUGGAAAUCACUGGCUGGACAAAUGCUGAUGAAAAGGACUUGUCAUCUUUCAUUCAUCGGAAGACAAAGGUCAAUAUUAAGAUCAUUCAUGCAGAUCGUAUAACCGGGAUUUUGAAAGCGUCGGUGAAAACAGAUGGAGAUGCGAACACUUUGAGCAAAUGCAAUGGGAUUCGCUUUGCAGGUAAUAUUCUAAGAAUCAAGAUUCUGUCUUAUUCCAGUACCACAUCUGCCGCAGGGGGGAAUAGCACUGUGGCAUUAAUCAAAUCUGCUCUUUCUUCAAGGUAUGACUCCACAUCUAGACUACUCAAUUUAGAUGGUAUACGCAAUGACGUUAAUACUGAGCUGCGUGGAGUUCUUUCAAACUCUCAAACUGCAUCUAAAUUCUUUUUGGCGAUGUUGAAGAUCGCUCUUCAAGAACAUUAUGAAAUUGAAUCGUUAAAUCUAUCCAACAACAACCUGGGAAACAACUCAAGAGAGCUUACUGAAAUGGCAGUUUCUUUACCAGGCCUGAAAAAUUUGGCAUUAUCGAAUAACAACAUCACCAAGCUUGACGCCUUAGAAAAACUGAAAAACAAGUUACCUCACUUACGGGAACUUUGGAUAACAGGUAACCCGGUUGAUAAUCCUACCGCAACUGGGGACAUCAUCAAAACUUUCCCCCGUCUUAUCAUAUUGAAUGGGUUACCAGUGAGAGACGAAAACAAGCUUACCAAAUUGCUUUCUUUUCCUAUCCCGAAUCAGAGUCUGUUUUUUGAAUCGUCUGAUUUGCAAAGAGUGGCAAUACAAUUCACUACGACCUACCUCAGGCUAUGGGAUCAUGAUCGUAUAAGCCUGAUCAGCCUAUUUUCUCCAGAGUCUCAGUUUUCUUACCACUUCGACACUACUCACAUUGUGGAUACUCCUAUCGGUUCCGUAGAUUCUAAGGCAACCAGGGUGCCACAAUCCGUCGCCAGUUCCUGGGGCUCAUAUAUUUCCAAUUCAAGAAACCUGAUGCGGGUUUCCGGACUUAGGCCUCGGAUGUCUAAAGUAUUUAGAGGUGGAGAGCAAAUCACGCAAGCCUUUCGAUCACUACCUGGGACAAAGCAUGAUCUUGAAGAAAAUCCCCAAAACUACUCUAUCGAGGUUGUUUCAGUGCCUAUUCUGAAUGCCAUGCAAAUAUCAAUUCAUGGUGGGUUCAAAGAGGUCUCGCUUCCCGUCGCUACUGGUAAAGAUUCUAAUUCCAGGCAGGGGAGUCGAUUUGGAGCUUCGACCGCAAAUUCUCGUUCUACUUUGGAAAUGCGCUCUUUCGAUAGAUCACUUAUGGUGAUAGCUGGUCCUAAUGGAUCUUAUAUUGUCGCUUCUGACAUGCUACUACUCAAGCCAUUCUCAGGUUCGGGAGCCUGGUACCCAAAAGUUCCCUUCGACUCGCUUCAGUCUUUCUCUACUCCUUCCAAUGGACAAACUACAACAAAUGCAAUAGAAGCAAUAUCAAUCCCAUCAGACAUCGCAGCGAACUUGAACAUCUCACAGCAACAACUUUUAUGCAAGGUAAUGACAGAAACUAACUUGGUUCUACAAUACUCUUUGUUACUUUGCGAGCAAAGUAACUGGGAUUACGGGACUGCUUUGAUGAAUUUCCAAAACUCUAGGUCUCAAAUUCCAAGUGAAGCUUUUCAUUCAUAG